GCGCGCAGACCCCGCUCGCGCCAGGUGGCGGCCCGCGGAGAGCAGGGCGGCCGCUCCCGCCGGCGCCGCGCCAUGGGCAACACCUCCAGCGACUCGCGGCUGGAGGCCUGCGACGCGCAGCAGCGGCUGUCGGCGGGCGAGAGCCCGGCCAUCAGCGCCGCGAUGUUCUCGGCCGGGGUGCUGGGGAACCUGGCGGCGCUGGCGCUGCUGGCGCGCCGCUGGCGCGGGGAGCCGGGGCGCGGCGCGCGCCGCGGGAGCCCCAUCUCGCUGUUCCACGUGCUGGUGACGGAGCUGGUGUUCACCGACCUGCUCGGGACCUGCCUCAUCAGCCCCGUGGUGCUGGCGUCCUACGCGCGGAACCAGACGCUGGUGGCCCUGGCGCCGCAGAGGCGCGCGUGCACCUACUUCGCCUUCUCCAUGACCUUCUUCAGCCUGGCCACCAUGCUGAUGCUCUUCGCCAUGGCCCUGGAGCGCUGCCUGGCGCUCGGGCACCCCUACUUCUACCAGCGCCGGCUCACGCGCCGCGGGGGCCUGGCCGUGCUGCCCGCCGUCUACGCGGCCUCCCUGCUGCUCUGCUCCGUGCCGCUGCUGGGCCGCCAGCGCUACGCGCAGUACUGCCCGGGCACGUGGUGCUUCAUCGGGCACGAGCAGACCGCCUACCUGCGGCUCUACGCCUCCCUGCUGCUGCUGCUGAUCGUGGCCGUGCUCGCCUGCAACUUCAGCGUCAUCCUCAGCCUGGCCCGCAUGCAGCGCCGGGCCCGCAGGAGCCGCUGUGGACCCUCCCUGGGCGGCGGCCCCCGGAGAGGCGAGAGGGUGUCCAUGGCGGAGGAGACGGACCACCUCAUUCUCCUGGCCAUCAUGACCAUCACCUUCGCCGUCUGCUCCUUGCCUUUCACGAUUUUUGCCUAUAUGAAUGAAACCUCUUCCAAGAAACAAAAGUGGGACCUCCAAGCGCUUCGAUUUUUAUCAAUUAAUUCAAUAAUUGACCCUUGGGUCUUUGUAAUCCUGAGGCCUCCUGUUCUGAGACUAAUGCGUUCAGUCCUCUGUUGUCGGGUUUCAUUAAGAACACAAGAUGCAACACAAACUUCCUGUUCUAUACAGUCAAACGCCGAUAAAUAUGCUGACGUUUGAGGAUGGCAGUUAAGAAGCACUUAGUCAGCCAGCAUUUGGAAGAUCAUUUUGAAAUGGUUUCUUGGAGAAAUGCAAAAAAGUUAGUUUAUAAACACAAUGAAGUUACCCUGACAAAACAGUAGACAAACAUUUCAGCCGUGGUUUGGGCUACAGACGUGCCGACAAGGCACUUUGUGGAAGGUGUCGGACGGAUCUAUAAAGCCUACCCUCAAGGAGCAUGUUCCAUGGGCUUUAGAGGAACAACCAACUGCAUUUAAGAUCCAGUGCCUUUUGAUUUAAGCUUUUCCGUGGAAUGAGAAAGGAUGUAGUUUUGUAAUCUGUUUAAAAUCCUAAAUAGUUACUGCGUUUUCUGUUUUAAUCAUCUAGGCUAGUACCAUUAUAAACAUACAGUGUAGGAAGUGGAUGAGUUUGAAAAUCGUAGUUACUUUGUACUGUAUGUUUGUGUAGGUGGAAGUACUCUCUUAUCACGACAGCAUUAGUCAUAGACGAGUAGGCGUGGUUGGUUAAUGUCAGCUUUUUCAUUAUCCAUAAGAAGCUGUGUGUCAGAGCAUCAGGUUACUUAUUUGAUAACGUCUGUCGUGCUAAUAGUAAUCAAAAGACUAGGACUUUUACUCUCAACAAUAAAUAGUAGGCUAUUAAGAGAGGUAAUUCUGAUGAAUACUCUUAAUUCUGUUUCUAGGGAAGGGUGUAUGUGGCUGUGUCUGCAGACACAUAUUAGGAUCAAAACCUGAGAAAUCUGGUCAGUUCUUCAGAAUACACUGGAACUCUUUCAAUGCUGAUGUUGAGGCCCUGACUUGCAUCUACUUUACAGGAUGGUUGUGUUGUAGCAAAAUUCAGCUGUCUGUAUUUUUAUCUGGGAAACAUGGCUUGACUCAUACUGUGUAAGAAAUCAUGCAACCGUGAGUCAUAUCUUAAUGUAUUUCUAAAUCUAAAUGUUUGGCAUCAUAUAAACGUGGCAUCAAAAUAUUUCAGUGAAUUUGCACUGUUUAAUCAUAUCUUAUUUACAGUGUAAACUCAUCUGAAAUGUUACGAAAACAAACUAUAAAAAAAUUGAAAAUAGAAUAGUGUGAUGCAUUUCCCCCAAAUAAUAAUUUAUCAUUAGUAUAGAUAUAAUAAUUUUUGAAAUGAGAUAAAAGUGGAAAUUUUUUAUUUAAUUUGGCAGGUUUUUAAAGUGUGGUUGCAUUGCAAAUUAGAUUUUGAAAUAUUCGAUACAGUACUUAGAGGAUUUUUUUCCCUUAUAGCAUGAUCUUCAAAAUAGUGGACACCUUAUUUUUUUGCAGUGAGUGUUAUUACAGCAUAGCUGUAAUAAAAAAAAAAAAAAAAAAAGAAUGUUAGUUUUUUCCAAAGUCUCAUUGAGUUGCUUACGCAAAACUGUUUCCUAUACGUAGUUAUCAGACUAGAUGAUCACUUGGGAGCGAUUGCCAAACAAUCUAGAAAUUAGUGUGUUUUUAUACAAUCUAUGUCAGAUCAGCCCUUAUUUUAAAAAGAAUAAAUGAAUGGUUUGCUUUCCUACUAAUUUAAACAAACCAGACAAAGUUUAACUUAGCUAAAAUCUGGACAUGUAAAUAAAUCUUCCCUGUCCACCAAGCAUUCUAGAGUUAAGAAAUUGUUCUAAAUAGGACUAAUUAGGCUCAUGGGUAAUUCCCAAACAUAAAAUUAUAAAGUUACUUCGAAUCUGGAAGAUUAAUUUCCUUUAUCAGAUGACUUCUUUUCCCUCCAAAUGAAAAUGUUAAGUACCGUCAUUCACUCUACCUCACCAACCCCCCAAAUUCUCGAAUAAUGCCUGAGAACUUAAAAACAAAAACACAAACUUGGACAUAAUACCACUAAUGGGACAGAAUUAUCCACUCUGUGGUCCCAAAAUACGAGUCUAAGCCAUUUAAGAACUGAUAACUUUCCAGAGCUCUGUUUCCUAGUUUUCUCCUGUUCCUUGCACUGGGUUUAAAUGACUAAAUCCUGUUAUUUCAUCUGCACUGAUAUUUACAUAGAAGGAAUCGAAAGUUAAAAUCCUAUGUAAUAGUAAACAGGUUACUAUUUACGGACAUUUCAAGGUAGUAGAAAAAAUUACUUAUGCAGGAAAUGUAAAUUUUUUUUAACUUUUAAAUAUUCAAAACAUCACAUCACAUCAGACAUAACUGUUUAAGUUUACUGACUCAUUAUCAAGUAAAAUAAAAACUUAUUUAAACAGAACUUAGCCUAGUAUAUCAGAGAACUGGAUUGUGAUGAAAAAAGACCUAGGUUUUAUUCUUUGCCCCUGGCAGUCAGUGGAAUGAAAAGGGAGAAAGAAACUGGAGUGGAUAUUCAACUCAGCAUGCCAGCCCUGACUUUAGGUGUCCGCAAAUGGGGUGGGCCAGAGCAGUCUGUUCUGAGCUGAAUUGUUCCUGGAUGGUUCCCUGUGGCCCAGGUCAUCUCUCCCAAGAGAAAACUGGGAAAUUCUGGUACUAAACUGUGUCCUUGAAUCUCCAAAGAUGCUGACAGGGCCUGAGUUUGCUUAGAAACUAUAGAAAGCCUCCAGAAGACCUGACUCUCAAAGUGGUCUGGACCCACGGCGACCUGGAGACAGACCAAGGCUCUAGAAACAGCGCCAGUCCCAAGCUGCCUGGCUGGCAGAGACCGCGAGCCCUGGGCAGGUGGCGGACGACGCCCGUGCACAUCACCACGUUGCCAGGGUAACUCAGUUCCGGUGUUGGUCCCCUGCCUGCUCACGUCAGUGCACUUUGACAGACGGGUUGCCCUCCUGCUGAUGCAACGUCAGCUCUGCUUUGAACCAAGAAAAAGCAACACGUUCAAGUUUAGAAGCUGAUGACUUUGAAAGGCAGGGGACGACAGUUAGCUCACACUCAAGUAGAGGUUUGUUUACUUCACUUAGCCACAUCUAAUGGUUGAAGCCAAAAAUAAUGGCUUUCUGAAUGUGGGAAGAGCCCUGCUUGAGUCAUUCACAGAGAGACAGUCUUCCCUGCAAACGAUAAUUUAUAUGUGCAGUGCCUGCUCAUGACAGCAGUCUUCUGCCUUCGUCAAACACAGCUCUGUUGGAAUUCCUCUCUAAUUGCACAUUUAAAACAUACCUAUAAUCGUUAUACUAACAGCAUCAUCGAUUUUUUUUUAAUUUACAAAGCAUUUGAUCACCUGAAAUAUACACCAUGGAGAUAAAUGUCAUUUUAGCAACUCACAGAAGCUAUCGUCUAACUCAUGCAUGGGAACAAGGCCACGUAUCGGGCAUUACUUUUUGUUUCAGAAAGUUACUUUUUUUUCGGGUAGCUUUUGUGAUUUUUAUUGUAAGUAAAUUUUCUUGAAUUAUAUUUUUGUAUUUCCUAUAUGUACUAUUAAAGGUCCA